CGUUGGUGGUCACGGGGGGGGGAGCGAGUGGGUGGGGCACUCACCGCCGUUGGUGGUCACGGGGCUCGGCAGGCGUGAGCGCUGUGGACAUGGAGGCUGCAGGGCCUCUGCUGGGGUCGCUGUCCGGCAGGGUGCGGGAGGACGGAUCUUUGUCUUUCGUGUGACCGCUGCAGGAGAUGGAGAAUACCAUCCACCUGAUGAAGCAUGACAUCGACCAGGCAAUGAAGAUGAACCUCAGUAGUGAUCUUACAAAGCGGCAUCACCACCAUCACCACCAUCACCACCGCCAUGGACACGUGCACAGCGAGGAUGACGAUUACCCUGGCUGGGAUUCGACCCAGGAUGCUUCCGGAUCGGACGAAGGAGGCACAAAGGGUGCACACGAUUCCAAAAACCUGGCCGGCGUUCGUCUGCCAGAGGCACCGUGCAAGUGGCAGUAUUUGAUCCCCGACUCGGAGUCGGUCUGCACCAGCGACGGCUGCUACAUCCAAGUCGGCCACAGCCACGCCGCCUUCUCGCUGCCCAAAGGCACCUGCGGCGAUUUCCACGACCUACUGCCGCAGGACCUCAGCUCUGGCUUGCUGGAUUCUGACCUCAGGGAAAGCCAGCUGAACGUCACCCCGUCGCAGUCGAGCCACGGCGAGAGCGAGUCCCGCGAAUUCCUGCGUAAGGAUCUCGGCGCCAACUCGUUGGACUGCAACGUUGGCCUCUCGUUCUCCGGCACCGUCCUGGCCAACGAGUCGACUCCGCGCGCUCCGCAGGCGACCGGCGCAUCGGCGUUCCGCGGCCAUCACCGCCAACACUACCGCAGCCACCGCUGUCGCCGCCACCAAGGUUCACGGGCGUCUCGACAGCAGCAGCAGCAGCAGCAGCGGCGGCGGCUUCGGUGGAGCGUGUCACGCGAGCCCGCCUGCUCGCGGAAGCUCGGCACCGACGGCGAAACUGGCCACCGAGAGGAGUUGGCCCAAUUUGGCCGUCGGAGGGCCGUCCAGCCGACGCGCUCCGCCACCGACAGCGAUUCCUACGGCGAGCUCGCCUCGAGCGACUCGGACGAUUCCAGCGUCGGCCGCCGGUCGGGCCCCGGCGCGCCGCUGCGCUUUUGCUCCGGAGACGCCGGCCGCUCGAUCCGCGCCAUCGUCAGCAGGGGCAGGCAAACGACUCGGGCCGCGGUGCGCUUGCUGAUGUCCCUGGGCGCUUGCGAUUUCGCGAACGGCCUCGCGGUCGCCUGCCUUUGCUUCACAGUCACGUUCACGCUGUGCAUCGUGUACCUGUGGCUCAUCUCCAGCUACGCGGUGUCCUGCGUCCACGUGAAGAGCUUUGGGAAGGCGGUGGCGUGUUCGGGAUCGGUGCCGGUGUAACGAGCGCAGGAGACGCGUGCGGGUGCUCGAGCGUCGACCCGUACUCGGCGGCGAGUUGCGGGCGACGAUUGCACGCGCUUACGGAGGGCGGGAGGAAUGGUUGGAAUGGCAAGAUGGCAUUUUGGAGCGCGACGGGGGAAGGAUUUGUGAUUGCUGGAUUCAAUUGCAAAUAAACAUUUGGGAACGGUGGCUAAAUGCA